AUGUCCGUUACUCCAGUUUCACAACCUGAACAUUUAAAGAAGAAACCUGUAUCCUUCUCUAAUAUCCUGCUAGGUGCAGGUUUGAACAUGUGCGAAGUGACCACUUUAGGUCAACCUCUAGAGGUUAUCAAGACCACUAUGGCUGCACAUAGACAAUUAAAUUUCUUAAGUGCUAUGAAACAUGUAUGGUCUCGUGGUGGUGUCUUUGGUUUCUAUCAAGGUUUAAUUCCAUGGGCUUGGAUCGAAGCCUCUACCAAAGGUGCUGUCCUAUUAUUCGUUGCUGCUGAGGCCGAACAUAGAUUCAAAUCCUUAGGGUUAGGUAAUUUCAGUUCAGGUAUUCUUGGUGGUAUCUCAGGUGGUGUUGCACAAUCAUAUUUGACAAUGGGGUUCUGUACAUGUAUGAAGACUGUAGAGAUCACUAGAAAAAAGUCUGCAGAUGGUGCAGCUCAAUCCUCAUGGGGUGUUUUUAAAACAAUUUAUGCUAAAGAAGGUUUGAAAGGUAUAUAUAAAGGUGUCAAUGCAGUUGCUAUUAGACAAAUGACUAAUUGGGGUUCUCGUUUUGGUUUAAGUAGAUUAGUAGAAGAUGUCAUUAGAAAGGCUACAGGUAAAACUAAUCCAGAUGAUAGAUUAACCGCUCUAGAGAAAAUCUCUGCAUCUGCCAUUGGUGGUGGUUUAAGUGCAUGGAAUCAACCUAUCGAGGUUAUUAGAGUUGAAAUGCAAUCAAAGACUGCUGAUCCAAAUAGACCAAAAAAUUUGACUGUCGCAAAGACUUUCAAAUAUAUUUACCAAUCAAAUGGUAUUAAAGGUCUAUAUCGUGGUAUCACUCCAAGAGUAGGUCUAGGUGUCUGGCAAACGGUUUUCAUGGUCGGUUUCGGUGAUAUGGCCAAGGAAUUUGUCGGUAAAUUAACUGGUGAAACUCCAGUAGCUAAGCAUUAA